AUAUUGCGUCGUGUUCCUUACGACAAAUCUUGUGACAUGUGGUCGUUGGGUGUCGUUAUGUACAUGUUGUUAUGCGGCUUGGCACCGUUCUACCCUCACAGUGAUAGUAAUUUCUCUAAUGGUAUGCAAAAGCGGAUCAAGAAAGGUGUUUAUAAAUUUCCAUCCCCCGAAUGGGAUCAAAUUUCAGAACAAGGUGAUAAAUUGUUUGGUUCUUAUAGCUUUGUGCUCAAGACCAAUUCAAAAGAGUACGAAAAUUGA